UUAAAAUUAAAUUCAACUUAAAAAAAUUAUGUUAGUAUGAAUAGAUAAAGAUAUCUACGGAUCUACCGGUAGCUGUAACUGUCAGUAGGAUAGAGAUAGUUUGGUAAAGCAGAGUUGAGAGUUGUGAGUUGCGACGCAGAUCAUGAUGCGAUACAAAGAGGAAAAAGAAGCCAAGAAGGAAGCUUUCAGAAAAUACCUUGAAUCCAGUGGAGCCGUCGACGCUCUCACCAAAGUUCUUGUUGCUCUUUAUGAGCAAAACGACAAGCCUGCUUCUGCUCUCGAGUUCAUUCAACAGAAGCUAAGCUGUCCUUCCAUCUCAGAUUAUGAAAAGCUGCAAGCAGAUUUCUCUGAUCUCCACAACAAAUAUAAUGACCUUUUGGCUGCACAUCACAAAAUUUCCAAAGAGUUAGAAGAAAUGAAAAACUCCCAUGCCUUGGCAACCACAUCAACAAAGGAAACGACUGAGAGUGAAUCCCCAAAAGAUGGGCUCUAAAGCUUCUCCGUAAAUAAUUGACGACAACCACAUCUGCUAUUCUACCUUUUACCCAGUGAGAGACUAGUUGAUUUUGCCAAUUUGUUCAUAAUUCAUUGUUCCUUGUCUUCGCUGUAUUUUGUUGUAGUCACAAAAUAAUAAAGAAACUUAGCUUGCUUUGACUACACCUACGUGGCUACGUGGUUAUGUUUCCAAGCUCAUUUCUUUGUCAUGCCAUCAAAAAAGUUUGCUUUCUAUCCUUCCAAUGUGUUUGUUAGAAUAUAUUAGGAUCAAUUAGUUUUCAUUAGCCUUUGUUUUAAACUUCGUUUGAAGCUCAUUAAACUUUGCAUGAGUAUAUUCCUUUUGAAACUGUUUUUCAAUAGCAGAGGCAGUAGCACAAGGAAUAAUGGUAUUGAAUCUGGCAGCAUCCAAUUCAUAUUCUUGUUGAGCUUUAUUUGCAA